AUGGUGUCCUUCGAGAUGAACGAUCGAAAAAAAAUUGGACUUGGUUUGACGGGGUUUGGAGUUUUCUUUUCAAUUUUGGGGGUCAUCUUGUUCUUCGAUAAGGGACUGCUGGCAAUGGGAAACAUACUCUUCUUGGCAGGGGUGAUAUUAACCAUUGGCCUUAAGUCAUCCAUGCAGUUCUUUAUGAAACGCUCGAAUUUUAAGGGGACUGUAUCAUUUGGUGUUGGCUUUUUCUUAGUCAUCAUCGGGUGGCCCAUAAUAGGAAUGAUUGUUGAGGCUUACGGAUUCGUAGUGUUGUUCAGUGGCUUCUGGCCGACACUGGCUGUCUUCCUCCAGAAGAUUCCUAUUAUUGGUUGGCUCUUCCAGCAACCUUUUGUCCGAUCGUUGUUCGAUCGUUAUCGGGGGAAGAGAGUACCCGUAUAA